AUGGAACACGAUGUAAUCAAAACUGAAAAGUAUUCACUAAUGCAGCUAAAAGCAUGGUACGCCGCCGUGAGCGUCAACGUAUGCGGCGCCAGGGUAUUGCUGGCCGCCAGGUUAAGUGAACUGGCGGUAGAAGCUGGAAGAUUACGCCCGGGCGCUAACGUCAAGUCUGUUGAAAAAGGCGGCGUAAGUUUCGGCAAUGGCGCAGACAACGGGAAUGUCAACGUACAGCAACAUCGAAAGACAACUACAGGAGGGAACAACGGCGAGAGUGAUGGUGAGAACAAUGGCGAGAACAAAGACAAUGGUGCAGGCUGUAACGAAGGUGCGAAAAAUGCAGCAGACAACGGCGAUGGUGCGGCAUACGAGCAAAAUAUUGUAACAUGUGCACGUAGCGGUACUUUGGGCGUCCGUUUUUCCAGAAGUAACGGAGGCGUCGAUGGAGCGAGUAGCGGUGAGAAUAACGGCGCGGCGUCUGGCCGCAACAACGAUAGUUUCGAAGCGAAGCAAAUAAAGGUCGAGUUAUUGGGCAAAGGGAUCGAACUCCUAAACUUACAAAAUGCCCUGUUCGAAAAAGAGGGUACAAUGGCAGUAAGCGUUGAAAAGGCGAGCAAUGAUGCUCCGUUCGAAACUUUGAUGGCGAUUAUACCAACGUCCAACAGCGACAAUGGUGCGAGCAAAGGAAAAGGUGAGAACAACAACAAAGAUGCGAACAACGACACUGAGACGGGAAACCACAAUGCUGACAACGGCAACGGUCCUUACGGUGGUAACGGCGAUGGUGAGCAGCUGCAUGAGUUACUCCAAGAAAACUACAAUGUUCUGUGCAUGCAAAGUAGAAGGUUUGGUCGCCUGGUAACGAACCAGGAAAUAGUUUGCGACGCGCGGAAUACGGCUGGGGCGAAAAAUUUUUCGGUUGGAACUCGAAAGGGAAAAGGCUAUAGCAACAGUUACAAUAUACAAUUCGAAGCCAGAGGUCCCGUUCGAGAUGAUAAAAACUUGAUAGCUAACAGCAGUAGCGCAAGCAUUUAUGGCGGCGCAGGCAACAGCUAUGGCGAAAACAACGACAUCAGCGAAGACAAAAGCAGAGCCGUAAACAACGACAGCGACACAAACAGCAGACGCACAAACAAAAGCGCCGAAAACAACAGCAAAGGUGCCAACAGUGCGAACCCCAAUGGUGAUGAGCUCCAAGCAGGCAACAAGAUAUGCAUGCUAACAGAAAUAUUUAACGGAAGCGGGUGUAGUAAAGAUGCAGAAUGCCGCCCAACUUCUAUAUGUUUGUCGUCUGAAGAAGCAAAUAUGAAGAUGCAACAUUCGGAAAAAGAGAUGGAGUUUCGGAGAUUUAAGCUACAACUGAAAAGUCAAAACGCAGUCGUAUCAGCAGCGGCAGACCAUACAAAGCCCGAAUUGCCCUGUGAAACGAUAAAAGAACUGUGGGUUGACUAACACACUAUCAACAUACGUGGCAAAGAUGUUCACAAUCUGAAACAACAUUCCAAACCGAAGGUAGUAUAAAUACGGCGUAGAAUCAGGUGAUUCUAUUUGUCAGGACGGCCGAGUUGUAAGAGUAUGUACUUAGUAUACCCGCCCUAAGCUUUAAGUUAAGUUAUUGUAAACUAGGCAUAAGGUGAUUUGUGUCUAUACCAUUAGUGACAGAGUUAUGGGUCUAGCCCUUAAGGCAUGAUCGCCCAGGAUACCGUUUUGUAAAUAAUUAGCGGAAUAAAGAUUCAUUCGAUAUUUGAUAGCGAGAACGACGGACGUGUUUUAGUAACCACUUAGCCU